AUGAUAGCAAAAGCGCAAAUUGCACGCAUUAUUGUCACAUUUGGAUACGGCAUGAUGGGAGCGGCCAUUAUUGUUAUGCUUAUUUUGCCUAUAUUUGGUUAUUCGGUGAGACACCUGUCUAAUGUUACUGAAGAUCUGGAGAAACCACUCUCAUUGCAGACAUAUUACAUCUACAAUACGAGAAAAAGUCCACAAUAUGAAUUGACAUAUGCUGCUCAAUGUAUUGUCUUAUUCUUAUGUACCAUGUGUUAUACAGGCAUAGAUAACUUUCUUAGUCUUUCGAUAUUUCAUAUUUCUGGUCAACUGGACAUUCUGAGAAAUCGUCUCUUGCAUUUACAUAUUGUCGCCAAUUUUAACAACGUUUUAAAGAGUUGUAUAAUGGAUCAUACAAGGCUGCUUAGAGCUAUUAAUCAUGUGGAAGAUAUAUUCAAUUUAAUAUUGCUGAUACUAUUUCUAUGUUUUGGUACACUCUUCGCUUUCUAUGGAUUGUGGAUAAUAAAUAUACUCGAAAGUAGCCAGCACUUAUCGUUAUUAAACUUGGCAUAUGUUGUAAGCAUCGUUACCAAUAUAUUCGGUCACAUGUGUAUGUACUGCGCUGUUGGCGAAAUAUUAACAGCUCAGUGUGACAGAAUCCACUAUGCUGCAUAUUUCAAUGAAUGGUAUACUUUGAAUGCAAGAGAUACUCGGGACUUAGUUCUUAUAAUGUUAAGAACCAAUAAGCCUCUUCACCUUAAUUUUGGUAAACUGUUUCCUUUAUCGAUGGCUACAUUUUGCAGUCUAUUAAAAACGUCAGCUGGAUACAUAUCUGUUUUACUUACAACAAGGAAUUAAUCGCAGUUUUAA